AUGAUUGUCGGGGAAGCAGUGUUGGAGCCAACGGUGGACGACGUAGCAGAGGCAGAGGUUGAUGUUGCACUGGAACUUGUGGACGUUGAAAUGACGCUUGACGAAGUACUCGUCGAGGUGACUGUGGAUAGGCUUGAGGAGGUGGAAGAAUCUGAGUUGGUGGCGGAUGCAGAGUUGGUAUCGGAGGCCGAGCCGGUGGAGGUACUAGAGCUCGUAGUAGAGUCCGUGACUGUGGAUGAAGUAGAUGACGAGGUAGAGCUGGAAGAAUCCGACGAGGUGGUUGAAGAAGAGACUGACGACGAGUCCGUGGACGAGACAGUUGACGAUAUUGUCAAGGAACUGCUAGAAGACGAAGAAUCCGUCACAGUGGAGAUGCUCGAAGAGUCUGUGAAGGUAGAAGAUUGUGUCUCUGAAGCGCUUGAAGUGAUUGACGCUGAGACUGUUGAAGAGUCUGUAGUAGUUGCCGACACAGUUUCAGAAGCACUUGAUGAAGUUGUCAAUGAGGCUGUAGAUGACGAAGAAUCAGUCAAAGAGGAGCUCGUGGCCGACUCUGUGGCUGUGGAAGAGGAGCUUGUUGAAUCAGUUGCUGUAGACGAGAUAACUGAUGAACUCGAAGAGUCCGUAAUUGCAGCACUGGUCGAGUCUGUCGAAGAGCUUGUGGUUGACUCGGUGGCUGUAGAAGAGACACUCGAUGAAGAGUCUGUUAAAGAGGAGCUCGUGAUCGAAUCUGUUGCUGUAGAAGAGGAACUCGUUGUUGAAUCAGUUAUUGUAGAUGAAACAGUCGUUGAACUUGAAGAGUCCGUGAUUGUAGCACUGGUGGACGACGACGAGUCUGUCGAAGAGCUUGUUGCCGACUCCGUUGAUGUAGAAGAGUCAGUCGACGAGCUCGACGAAGUUGAGUCGGUCAAAGUUGAACUUGUGGACGAAGACGAGUCGGUCGAGGAGGAAGCGGUGGUUGAUUCCGUUGCUGUGGAGGAAAUGGUCGAAGAACUUGUAGUAGAGUCUGUGGCUGUGGAACUACUAGUCGACGAGCUCGAGUCCGUCUCGGAGACACUUGAUGAAGAGGUCGCUGAUGAGAUCGACGAGGAUGAAGAGUCUGUCACGGACGAGCUAGUCGACGUAGAGCUAGACGUGGAGUCUGUUGAAGAGCUCGAUGCAGAGUCUGUUGAGGAGCUUGAUGUGGAUUCCGUCAGAGUGCUCGACGAUGAUGAGUCUGUUUGGGUGCUUGACAUUGACGAUGUCGAGGAGGUCAAGGAAGCACUAGUCGACAGAGUCGCUGGCACCGUUACAGUCGUGGUGUCUGCCGAGAGAGUGAUGGUUGUGGCAUCAUAG